CUCUCUCUCUCUCUCUCUCCUCUCUCUGGCGUGGUCUCGAUCACGAAAAUUUAUGCAGAUCUAAAAAUCAGUUGUACGAAGCAAGUAACCUUGGUGAAAGUCAAUGGAUCGAGGAAAGAGGCCAAAUAAGUUUGUGGCCAACAGGAACAAUAAGAUGUACAUGGACCUCAAGGAUAUUAUAAGGGAGCAUGCUCUUCCUUUCCUUCCCGCAAAAUCGCUUUUCAGGGUCCAAGGUGUUUGUAGGGACUGGAAGCUCCAGAUCUCAACACCUUUCUUUGCCCACAAUCAGUCACUUUCAUUUCAGGCUCUCUCGGGCCUCUUCUGCCAAGUCCCUGGGGACCCACCUUCAUUCAUCUCCAUUGAACCCAAAUCUUGUGGCGUGCCAGACCCAUCUCUGAAAUUUCUUCCUGAACCUGUGGACAUAAGGGCCUCUUCCAAUGGAUUAAUUUGCUGCCAAGGCCGCACUGGGGUUAAAGCCUACUACAUUUGCAACCCUGUUACCAAGCAGUGGAAGAAACUUCCUAACUCGAAUGCUAAUCACGGUCCUGAUCCUGCCAUUGUUCUUGUCUUUGAACCGUCACUGCUCAACUUUGUGGCUGAUUACAAGCUCGUUUGUGCUUUCCCAUCGAACGACUUUGAUAAUGCAACUGAAUUUGAGAUCUAUUCAUCCGCUGAAGGAGCUUGGAAAGUUUCCGGAGAGAUUUGCUUUGCCAGCAAGAAGCUUGUGCCGAGAUCAGGUGUUUGUGUUGAUGGUGUUGUUUACUGGCAGUCAAAGGUACAUGGCAUUGUCGCUUUUGAUCUUACAAAAGAUAGGUCGCAACUCAUCCAAGGGUAUUCCACCGGAGCCUUGGGGAUGAUUCAUGGAAAGCUUUGUUCCACUCAUGCAAAUGGCCGCACAAUAACGGUGUCUGUGUUAGCCAAUGUCUACUCAAACACAAUGCAAAUGCAGAGCAAUUCCAGGACAUGGAAGGAGAAAGCUCGUUUUGUUAUAGACAAUUCAGUGUCUGCUGGGUCUGCUUAUGACCAGGCAGUGGUGCUCGCGGUUGGCUGUAAUGUGGUGUUGGUUCAAAUUGGAAAGACAAUCCUUGCUCAUAACUUGGAUACUAAACGAACUAAAGCCGUGUGGAGUGCUGCUGAAUCUGAUAUCAGAAAGUAUGCACACAACUCCGGACUCAACUUGUGUCCGGAACCAUUCGAUGCACAUGGACUGUGCAUUGAAUAG